UUGACAAUCAAAGUUGGACAGAGUCGGCUAGAAGAUCAGCGCAUCUCACACACCAAGCGAUUCGCCGAUCUCGUGCGCAAUACUUACUGCGAAAAAGAUUGUCGUGCAGCACGUUACAAAGCAAUUAUCUGACAGGUGGUGAUUGACUGACACGGGUAUAACAAUGGUCGAUUACAGCAAGUGGAAGAGUAUCGAGAUUUCAGAUGAUGAGGAUGAUACACAUCCAAAUAUUGACACACCAUCAUUAUUUAGAUGGCGUCAUCAGGCACGAUUGGAAAGAAUGGAAGAGCGCAAGAGAGAACACGAGGAACAUGAAAGAAAGAAGGCAGAAACAUUGCAAAAACUAAAGGAUACAAAAGAGAAACUGGCUAAAUUGGAAAGUGAGCAGAAAGACUCGGCAGACUUAACUACGUUGAAGAAAGUUAUUCACGACCUUGAGAAAGAACAAAAGAUGAUUAAGGAGAAAGAGGAAGAAAUGCAGAAAAAGGAAAGAUUGACACCAUGGAAUGUAGACACUAUUGGUCAGGAUGGUUUCACUAAAACUGUAAUAAACACAAAAUCUCCCAGAAAAGACGAAGAAGCUGGUUUGUCCGAUGACGAGAAAGAAAAACGAAUGAAACAAUUUGUUAAAGAAAAUGAGAAGAACUUGAAGCAAUUUGGUAUGCUAAGAAAAUAUGACGAUAGCAAGAAAUUCUUGCAAGAGCAUCCACAUUUAGCUUGCGAGAAUACAGCGAACUAUUUGGUUAUCUGGUGCAUCAACCUAGAAAUGGAAGAAAAACACGACUUGAUGGAGCACGUCGCUCACCAGUGCAUUUGUAUGCAAUACAUAUUGGAGCUAUCUAAGCAAUUGGAUGUUGAUCCACGGGCGUGCGUGGGCUCCUUCUUCAGUCGCAUUCAGAUGCCUGAGGUAAAAGAAUACAAGAACUCAUUUGAUGAUGAACUUCGAGCGUUUAAGGAGCGAAUACGCAAAAGAGCCGCUGAGAAAGUGGCCGAAGCGGUCAGAGAAGCCGAGGAAGAAGAAAGAAAAGCUCGUUUAGGUCCUGGUGGACUCGACCCGGUAGAAGUAUUUGAAAGUCUCCCAGAGGCCUUAAAAAAAUGCUUCGAAACCCAAGAUAUUCCUCUGUUGCAACAAACAAUAGCCGCGAUGCCGGAAGAAGAAGCGACGUAUCAUAUGAAACGGUGUGUCGAUAGUGGUUUGUGGGUUCCCGAUGCUAAGGCCAAAGAAAAAGAGAAGGAGGAACAGCAAAGUGCCACUCCUGAUCCGGAAUAACACAUUUAACUCGAUCGCGCUUGAGUAAUCUAAUUAUUAUUGAUACUCAGUCAAAAUCAGUAUCUACUUUACAUACGCACGAGUAUUUUUUAUUACGUCUGAUACUUGAUAUUUUCCUGGUUUGUUAGAAGAAUUUUUGAAGAUUCAAGUUUGAACUGGAGCGUUAAUGUUAUUUUUAUACGUUUCGUGGACUUUCAUUUCACGUCAUCAAAGUGCAAGAGCAGUCUGAUAAAGUGAACUAAAUUUUGUUCUUGAUGAAGUGAACUAAAAUGUUUAAGCGUCGGUAAUAAAAGUGACACCAAUGCGGCUCAAACCGGAGUCCAAACAAUUUUCAGUAAUUCUUUAUUACGUAAUUUGAGUCAGAUACAUUGUAAUAAAGUGUAUCUUUGCGUGAGCUCUGAUGCAGUUAUUGUUCAUCAGCUUAUUUCGUCAGGUACUGUAUUACGUCAAUGCACUAAUUGACUUUCUCAAGUUAAAUUAGUUGGUAAGACUGAAGUGUCACUUUCAAAACAAGAAAUCUUGGCAUAUAUACGUAUAAAGUACAUACACACACACACACAUAUAUAACUAUUACUACAGAGUAGUCUAUAAGUACUAGUGUUGAAAUGCUACGUAAUUCUGAUUUAUGUUACUGAAAUUCUUCUUACAUAUAUGUGUGUAAAUAUUGUUAAAAUUCGCAAUGAAGAAUUAUCUCUUUUACACCCUUUCAGUAGACCACUAUAUUGUAUAUUAAUUCGACACAAAGUAUCUUUAUGUAAGUAAAAUAAAAGUUGAUUGUAUAUUUA